ACAAAUUUCACAGACAUACAUGAAUUAAAGAUUGGAUUUCCACAAAACAUAUAUCUAAAAAGAACACACGGAGAAAAAUGAAAUUCACACAAUACUUUAUCUUCUUCUUCUUCAUUUUGAGCUUUGUUUCAUCCCAUGAUACCAGCAUAAUAUUCACCACCUUAGGAAGAUCAAGUUAUGCCUUCGACAUCUUCGCUCUUCCAACAACACACCCACAAACCGAAUUCCAGUUGACCGAUGGCAAUUCCGUUAACUUUAACGGUCAUUUCCCUGCCACCCUACCACCUUCCCUGCUCUCCCGCCUACCCGAUGAUGAUUCUGUCAACUCUGGGUUUCAUCUUAUCUAUGUAACUGAAAGGAACGGCACCCACCAUGUAUUCUAUGACGCUGUAUUUCAUGACAUACUUGAGUUUCCAUCUCAAACUCGACUUCAGGUUCCUUUGGUAGGUUUUGAGCAAUCAGUUUCUAUGAAAGAUAAGCCUAGUUUAUCUGGGGAAUUUUUGAUAUACGUAUCGACUCAUGAGGAUUCCGGUGUGCCUAGGACUAGCUGGGCUGCGGUAUAUUCCACUCAUUUGGUUUCCGGGUUCACCCAGAGGUUGACACCUAAAGGGGUUGCUGAUUUCAGCCCCGCAGUGUCUCCUUCCGGCGUUUGGACGGCGGUGGCAUCGUAUGGGGGGGAGAAGGGUUGGAGUGGGGAGGUUGAGGAACUCGAUACGGAUAUCUAUAUUUUCAUGACUCGUGAUGGGUCGGGUCGGGUUAAGGUGGUGGAGCACGGUGGGUGGCCAUCUUGGGCUGAUGAGUAUACUCUGUAUUUCCACCGGAGAUGCGAUGAUGGGUGGUGGAGUGUGUUCAAAGUUCUACUUCCGAAAUCAGGUGUCGACUUCUUAGUCUCUGUCUCUACCCCGCAGCGAGUCACCCCAUCGGGUUUGCACGUUUUCACACCAGCAUCUUCUCCGGUGAACAAGAACCUCAUCGCCGUCGCUACCAGAAGAGCAGGUUCAGAGUAUCGGCACAUCGAGCUAUUUGACGUCGUUUCUAAGAAGUUCACAGAGAUAACCCGAUCCUUUUCAUCUUAUGCUCAUCAUCUGAACCCCUUCUUUUCGCCGGAUUCUUCCUGGGUUGGAUACCAUAAAUGUCGAGGCACAGGCGAUAUACUGUUACUGGAAAAUCUUCUAAACCCGAUACCCGGAAUCUCUCUAUUCCGGAUUGACGGGUCGUUUCCAUCAUUUUCACCAAAUGGUGAUCGGAUAGCUUAUGUUAGGUUACCUGGAUUAUAUGUGGUGAACUAUGACGGAUCAGGUCUGCGUCAAAUUUCAUCUAGAACCGCCUUUUCCACGGCUUGGGACCCGAAAAGAAAGGGGGUAAUUUACACUAGCUUUGGCCCAACAUUUGCUAGUGAAAGCACACAAGUGGAUAUCAUUUCCAUCAAUGUAGAUGAUGAAGACUUGAGCUAUAAGCAAUUGACAAUAGGAGGGAAGAAUAACGCAUUUCCGUCCCCUUCACCUGAUGGGAAAUGGAUCGUCUUCCGAUCGGGGAGAUCAGGUCACAAGAACUUGUACAUAAUGGAUGCUUUGGAAGGAGAGGUGGGUGGUCUACGUCCAUUGACAGAGGGGCCAUGGACGGAUACCAUGUGUAAUUGGUCACCGGAUGAUGAAUGGAUUGCAUUUGCAUCCGAUCGAGAAAACCCUGGGUCAGGUAGUUUCGAGAUGUAUAUGAUUCACCCUAAUGGAACAGGACUCAAGAAGGUGAUCCAGAGUGGUAUAGGUGGGAGGACUAACCAUCCUUAUUUCAGCCCGGAUGGCAAGUAUAUAGUGUUCACUUCAGAUUACGCCGCCGUAUCAGCUGAGCCCAUCUCGAAUCCUCAUCAUUAUCAGCCAUAUGGUGAUAUAUAUGUGAUCAAAUCAGACGGCUCAGACAUACGAAGAUUAACACACAAUUCAUACGAGGAUGGUACGCCCGCUUGGGGCCCUACUUUCAUAGAACCUAUGGAUGUAGAAUGGCCUAACGGUGGUCAGCCCUGUUCUUUUGAAGAUUGUCACUGGCUGAAUGUUAGGACUAAUGCAUCCUUCGGCUUAGAUUCUGCCAAGAUUCAGUGUGCUCAAUGAACUUCUCUUAUAGGGCUAGAGUGUCUGUGCUAUAUGUAAAUUAUAGAAUAAUUAUGUAUCUGUUGUCUAUUGUGACUCUGUAAAAUAUUUUUGCCAAUGUAUACGGUUGAAUCCUUGAUCAAUAUAAAUUAUGAGCGAAUUAAUA